GAGGCACAAUCUAGAAAGAACAACUAAAAUCGUACAAAAAUUGUCGUCAAAACAUUUAUUCUAAAUUUAUAAAGCUUAGGUUCAUUAUCAAAAUAUCUAGCAAUGUCGAAAUACACCAGUGCAUACAAAGGUUCUUGCAUUUACUGUGGCGAUGAAGUAUCGGUGUGCUCCUUCCUGGGUCGUCAGUUCAGAGUUCCUGUGAGCAAGGCAUUUGACAACCCGAAUUCCUGCAGUUCAGAAGAUUUGGCCUCCCCCUCAAAAAGGGCCAGUCCCAGUCAACGGGCACGUCAAUCAAAAAAGGCCGGAAGUUCUCAAAAACGAUCUGCCUUUAAAGUUUCUUCGAUAUAUAGGAAAAAACGAACCAAUGCCAGUUUAAAAAAGGCCUUACACCAGAAGAAAAGAACAGCUGACAAAGAAUCGGACGGAUCUCCAGAGCCUCUCUUUAAGGCUGUAAUUUUGAGAGAGAUGAUUAGGCUAGGAAGACAACCAAAUAUAAUGGUUAAGAAGUCUGCAAGAAGCGUAAAGCCUAUUAAGAAAUGCGUUUCGGAAAGCUCUAAUGAAGCUGAGAAUCUGGCAGAUAAUGUUGCUGAUUUGAUGUAAUUACAAGGACCAGCUUGUGUAAAAUUAUAAAAAUACUUUCCUUAACGGACCAUAAAUCUUUCUAGGCAAGUGCAAUGUAAAACUCAGGACUAUUCGCAAUCCUCCAUAAUGGAAAUAGAUGAAACAGUAGGCGAAGAUGAUCCAUAAUAUCUAUAAUGAGUAUCCAGCGUCUUCUACACAUGCAAUGAUAAUAUCAGAUUAUUAAAAGCGAAUGGACUAAACCACUAAGUCAGGGAAUAAAUUAAAUAAGUAACAAUAA